CUGUUUUCCUUCCUACCAAUUCUGAGUGACUGUCACCAUGCACCGCAAUAAAAGCACUGUUAACCCUGACCAACUGUUUCCUCUGUCAAUGGGAGCCUCCAACCGCUCAAGGCGUUCAUAACAUUUGGUGUCAGAAGUGAAGCUUCAUAACAGUUGGUGUCUAACAGCGGCUAAAGUGACUGUAACUCAAAAAUGCCACCGAAGACCAGGGGUCAGGUGACUACAGAUGUGGAAACGGAAGGAGAUCAAGGUGCAGUGGGUGGCAUUCCAGAGGAAGGUGUCCAAACUGUUGAGUUUCCAACCACCGCAGGUGAUGUGGCUGUGACAGCCCUGGCAGGGAUGUUUCAAGCCUUUCUGCAGUACCAGAGGGAGAGGGAUGAGAGGCAAGAGAAAGAGUUGGUACGACGGGAGCAGCAAUACAAGGUCCUCAAUCAUCAGGUCACACAGAUGCAGAUGGACGUAGAGCAUGCCAGGCAUAAAGUUACCUGUUCAGAUCAGGCAGGUUUACGAGUGCUGAAUCAUGUGUCUCCAUUGCCAAAACUACAAGACAGUGAUGAUGUGGAACAUUUUCUGACCACCUUUGAGAGACUGGCAGAAGUAUACAGGUGGCCAAGAGAAGACUGGGCAAUUCAUCUGAUUCCCUUGCUCACUGGAAAAGCGAGAAGUGCUUUUGUCGCUAUGGCACCUGCCUUUACCUCUGACUAUGAUCGAGUCAAAGAGGCGAUUCUCAAGAAAUAUGAGAUUAAUCCAGAAACAUAUAGACUGAGAUUUCGUUCAUUGAACACCGCCGCUGAGGAGUCCCCAACAGAGUUGUACAUUCGCUUAAAAGACUUGUUCUCAAAGUGGGUUCAGUUGGACGUGAGCAGUAAAACCAAGAUGAUGGAAACCUUGGUACUGGAGCAGUAUAUGAGAGUGCUGUAUCCGGAGGUGAGGAUCUGGGUGAAGGAGAGAAAUCCCAGUACUGCAGGAGAAGCAGCUGACCUGGUAGAGUCCUAUAUAGCAGCGCGGAAGGGAUCUUCUGGGACCUUUCGGUUCUCUGGUGUCUUCCCGGAGGCGAGAGGUAAGUCUGUGGGGUCAGGGGGUAGUUCGUUCUCUCAAAGUCAAGCCCAAAGUUUUAAAGUCACUGACCCAAAGCCUUCACUGCCAGUAGUCACACGUCAGAUAUUGCCUAGAGGCGAUAUAGUAUGUUAUAAUUGUGGCGGGUCGGGACACACUAGCCCACAUUGCCCGGUGAGAAAACCCAAAGCUGUCAGUUUGUGUUAUGUGCCCCAGUCUAGCCCUAAGGUAGUGGUGAAGCCGGAUAAGGAGCCCACUAUUUCAGUGUUAUUGAUUGGUAAGCUGCUGACGGCGUUGGUAGAUACAGGAUGUACACGUACGUUAGUACAGUCACAAUAUAUAGCAUGA